GCGCAUGUCCUUAAUCCAGCCACCCAAAGGUUUCGUACUUCAGUAGAGUGUUUUCAACCUAGACGAAUUAUUAUGAUAAUCACAUUUAAAAUGUAGACAGUAAAGACUAAACUAUGAUUGGUAAAUACUGAAAAUUUUGUGAUCAAUAGUAAGCCAGUGUACCAGGAUAUUUGUUAGGAUGGCGUUAUUCAUUGGGUGACGUGUAAAUGGUCGGAGGAGAUAAAUCAACGUGACUAUGCUGGCGACUUCGUUUACACUAUCGCUUGUGGUGGCAACAGCGUAUACUUGCUAUUUAUUUCCUAGUGACGUGCCGGAUCCCUGUCGAGGAGUUGCGUGCGGUCCUGGAGAGCAGUGUAGACCCUCUUCAGAUGGAAAAUCUUACAAAUGCGAGUGUCCAUCUUCAUGUCCGAGUUAUGGAGAUCACGAAGGUUCUCGGCCUCUUUGCGCCAGCGACGCGCGGGACUAUCCAGGAAUUUGUGAAAUGCGACGGGCUGCCUGCGAAACAAACACGAAUAUAACUUUCAAGUAUUAUGGAAAAUGCGAUCCUUGUGCGGGUGUAACCUGUCCGGAUCCAGAAGUUUGUCAAUUGGAUGACAGACGCCAGCCUUUAUGUCGUUGUGCGGAACCGUGUUCACUCGAGUUCUCUCCUGUUUGCGCUUCCGAUGGAAAGACUUAUUCAAACGAAUGUCAAAUGCACAGGGAAUCGUGUCGUGCAAGAAAACAAUUAAAAAUUAUAUUUAAAGGACAGUGUAGUUCUGGCGUUAAUCCCUGUGCAGAAGUAGAGUGUCGUCACGGGGCAGAGUGUCGCGUGGAAGGAAGCGGCGCGGUGUGCGCGUGCCCGCCGCCGUGCGAGCCGGUCCUGCGACCAGUGUGUGGGUCGGAUGCGCGCACCCAUGACAGCGAGUGCGAGUUGAGACGAGUGGCAUGUCUUUUGGGGAGAGAAUUGAAGGUUGUUCACGCCGGUGCUUGUGGAUCUAAUGGAGUGUGCGCUGGGCGCGUGUGUCCGCACGGAGGCGAGUGCGUGUCUACGGGCGGACGGGGCGUUUGUCGCUGUCCGCGGUGUUCUAACGAGUUCGCCCCAGUGUGCGGUUCUGAUGGCAUAUCUUACGGCAAUCGUUGUAAGCUGCAACUUGAGGCCUGUCGGCAUCGCCGGCACGUACAAGUGCUGUACGACGGACCCUGCAACGGAUGUGAAAAUAAGAAAUGUGAGUAUUAUGCAGUCUGUGAAAGUGACGGGGUUUCUGAAGCAAGUUGUGUUUGCCCUAAGCACUGUGAAGAUGGAACUGAAACUGAAGAGAUUUGCGGAAACGAUAAUCAAACUUAUAGUAGUGUUUGUGCCCUUCGAGACGUAGCUUGUCGGGAGAAGAAACGACUUCACCUCAAGCAUAUGGGUUCUUGUGAAUCUUGCGGUGGCGUUCAAUGCCCCAACGGCAUGUGGUGCUCACGGGGCAAGUGCACGUGCGCGACCACGUGUGCCGAUGCGCCGCGAGAGCCCGUCUGCGCCGACUCACACCGCACCUUCCCCAACGAGUGCUCACUGCACAGGGUCGCCUGUGAAGCGCGCAUGCGCGGCGACGCGGUCCCACAAGUGGCCUACUAUGGCGAGUGCACGGAUUCCCACGAUGGCAACCUCACUGCAGGCGAAUCGGGCAAACUCUUAGACAACGGUAACGAUAUUCGGGUGCUGGACGAGAUGGAGAGCUCCAGCGCCGCCACGGGGACGGCCGUGUGUGCGCGCGUGCAGUGCGCGUACGACGCCACGUGCGCCGUGGACGCGAGUGGACAACCGCGCUGUGCGUGUCUCUUCGACUGCGCGGCCGCCGCGGCGGCUGCGUCUGCGCCCGUGUGUGCGUCUGACAUGCGCAUGUAUCCUACGCUCUGCCACAUGAAAUUGGAAUCGUGUCGUCGGCAAGAAGACUUGAGGCUCCGACCUCUAGCUUUGUGUAGAGGACUGGAGUUUCGGCCCUGUGGAGACGACGAGCCUCUCACGGACGCCGAGGGUCGUCCAAUGGACUGCGGUGGGGGUCCACAUCGUAAAGACUGUCCGAUUGGCAGCUAUUGUCAUCACACCGCUAAAGCUGCACGUUGCUGCAGAAAAGAUAAAUCGAUUGUAGAAAAAAAAGAUUGUCAAGAAUCUUGGUAUGGUUGUUGUGGAGAUGGUGUUACGCCGGCACGAGGUCCAGGGGGAGCCGGUUGUCCCUCACAGUGUGGGUGUCACAGGCUUGGAUCAGUGGUAGAGCAGUGCGACGAGAGUGGACAAUGUCAGUGCAGGCCUGGCGUGGGUGGCCAGAAGUGUGAUCGGUGUGAACCGGGAUACUGGGGCUUGCCUCGGAUUGGAACUGGACAUGCUGGAUGUAUCCCAUGCGGUUGCUCGGCCUUUGGGUCGGUGCGUGAGGAUUGCGAACAAAUGACGGGUCGCUGCGUAUGCAAGUCUGGUAUUCAAGGACAGAAGUGUACCGUUUGCUCUAAUCAUGAACACACUCUCGGUCCUAAUGGCUGUUUUGAUCCGGAAUCGACGCAGCUGCCUGCAACAGAAUGCGACCACAUGACGUGCUAUUUCGGAGCAUACUGCGUUAUACGCAGUGGGCUCGCUACAUGCGAGUGUGGAGCUCCGGAGUGCACGGCUGCCGAAGCUCCUUCCGUCUGUGGCAGCGAUGGUCGGACCUACCUCUCAACCUGUCACCUGCGAGCACACGCGUGUCGGACACAGUCUGAUGUCGUAGUCCAAGCGUUUGGGCCUUGUGGAGAGGAAGCCCCGACCGUUAGGCGAGAGAAAAUACGUAUUACACACAUUAACUCGAGGGAGAACGAAGAGGAAAGCGGUUGUAAUAAAAACCUAUCUAAAAAUAUUCAUUUUGAAAAUGAAUCUGAAGAGGAGCAAUAUAUAACAAAUGAAGUAGAGGAAAAUUAUCCAAUUUAUGAAGAAUACAUCGAAGGCCCUGAAAGCGAAAUAUAUACAGCGCCAUUAUUCGACGGACUCGCUCGUAUGACGGCGAGGACGCGAUUGCCCGCUAAACGAUUCGAUAUUUGGGCCGAAGUGUCGGCUGUGUGUGGAAGGGGCGCUUUAAUAAGUGCCUCAGGUGUAAGAGAUUAUUUAUGGCUCGGGCUCGUAGAUAACAGAGCUGUUUUGCGGUGGGACGCGGGGAACGGACCUUUAGAAUUACAUUCAGGGAAAGUCAAGGUCGACGUCAAAUCUAAAAUAUCAGCAAGAAGGUACAAAAAAGAUGCAAUGUUAAAAUUGGGAUCAACGACUGCUAGAGGUUCCACGCAUGGCCGGAUGAGCUCACUUGAUGUGGAUCCUUAUAUUUAUGUCGGCCACCCACCCGGCAACAUUACGAAGUUAUCGGGAACUCACGCACUGCACGGGUUCGUGGGCUGUGUACAUCGCUUACGUGUGAGCGGUCGCGACGUUAUCCCCCCCUCAAGGGGACUGUCCGUCACCGCUCAAGGCCUCCGACCUUGCACUCCGUAUAAUCUCGCUCAGAUCGAGUGUCCUUGAAUUUACUGUACUUAACAGAACCGAUUUGAUUAGAAUGUAAUAAAUCUGAAAUUUACAAGAUAUUUUAAUAUUAUUUGAAAAUAAUUCUAAAUGUUAUAUGAUAUUUUAAAACAUAUAUGUAAUAUUGUACCAUGUUAAUGUAAUAAUUGUCGAGAUAGUCUGUUGAGAAAAUAAUAAAAGCCUUUAAUCGAUAAAAUGGUCUUCAAAAUUAAAGAUAUUUAUUUCUAAAUGUUAAGGUCCCCGGAGGCGAUCACUUGCAAUUGUUAGCUUUUACGUGAUUAGUAACCACUUCUGAUGCAUUACCAGAUAAUUAUAUUUUUUAUAUUUAUGGCCAAUAAAAAGCCUUAAUUUUUAUUAAUAGCAAAUGAGAAUCGUUUUUAAUAUCGAUGGCGUCACUAAACUUGACGGACGUCCGAAUACGAUCUCGACGUAGCUUUAGUCUAUGCGCCGUAGAUGUUCUAUGUUAUU